ACCGUAUUUUGCUUCUCUUCGCCGCUGCGCUUCUCCCACGCCCCAACUCCAAAGCUUCGAUUUUUUCCUUCUUUACUCUAAGCUCCGUCGACCCCUCGCCGCCGAUUCCGUCCGCCAUCUCGAACCGUUGUAGCUCCUAAUUCCGAUUGCGACCAUGAUGCUCGAUCUCACCAGUUUUUUGGAGAGGAAGUUACAGUAGUUGGAUCAUAUCAAAGCGUUCAAGUUCUCACCAUUAAGUUAAAGGUUCAUCCUUUUUGCAUUGUAAUUUGUUUAGAAGCUGCUGACUAGUUAAACAGCAUGGGUGAAUCGUUUACCAUUCAGAUUAGCAGUAACUUAGUUAAACAGCUUGCUGAUGAGGGUGAGAAAUUGAAGAAAAGAUCGAAGAAGCCUAAACCCAAGACACCUCCCAAAGGAACUCACGCUUCCCAAGCAAAUGCACAGCAGAAGCCUACCUCUGAAUGGCCGUUUCAGCCACCUUUGUUCUCGCCCGUUCCUCCACAGCAACCUGCAUUUUCGGAGUUAGAUGCUAUCCGGUCUGUCCUUCAAGAUAGUGGGAAGGUCUUGGAGAGGCUGCAAAAGCAGGAGGAGAACAUGUUGCAGGAAGUAACACAGAGAGCAAAGGAUCUCCAUGAGAAGGAAUUCAAACUUCCCGAACACAAGCCAUUCCCGUGCUUGGAGGAGAGAGAUGCUUGUGCAAAAUGCUACAAGGAAAACGAGCAGAAUCCCCUGAAAUGUGCCAAUGCAGUUCAAAGGUUUGCCAACUGUGCACGAAGAGUUAAGCAACUGUUAAAUGCAGCAGAUAAGUAGAGGCGUUCCCUGGACCGAAUCUUUAGUUCAUAUACACUAGUGCAAAUUGGUCGGUGAAAGUGGGAUAUUUGUCCUUGGUGAAAAUAAAAUGAAUUGUCAAAUUGGUUACCCAUUCUGGGUAGAAUUUGAAGCUCUUGUUACAUCCUCAUUUUGCUUGGUUUACAUGUGAAAUGCUUCCAAGUUAUGGAUGUUGUAUUUGCUUGACAUAAAUUUUUCAGUACAACUUACAUGGUAGUAGUUAUUUCAUGAUUUACAGCAAGAGAAUCCUUGCAUCUUUUUCUGUAUGUA